CAUUGUAGCGCUGCGGUGUCGUGUCGGUGUCAGUAGAGCGCCAGCCUUAGCGGAGUGAGGGUGUUUGUUGGACGCUUGCUGCGGUGUCUUGGACGAGUGGCAACUACCGUUACUAAGCUGAUCUCAUCCUAUAUUUCCACAUCGGUACCAUAAAGUGGAGGUGAUGGGAGAGAAAACAUCAGACGAUCUCAAUUUGAAUUCCAGCUUGAAUGGUAAACAUGAGAAGAGGCAGCAAGUGCAGAUAAAAAAUGGAUUUAAUGACACACAGAUCGACAUGCAGUCCAUUGAUAGAGGUGAUGGUCAAAAAAAGAAAGGAAAAAAGAAAAAAACAGAUAAGGAUGAGGAAGAAAAUAAGUUACCUCCAGUUCCUAUGCUUCAACUGUUUAAAUAUGCGACCGUAUUUGAAAAAUGGUUGAUGGCUGGUGGGUUGCUGGCAGCCAUGUUAUCAGGAGUGUGCAUGCCGGCGUUGUUCAUUCUGUUUGGGGACCUGACAAAUGCCUUCGUUGAUAAUAGCAUGCUCAACGCCACAACUCCCUCUUCGUCAAAUCCAAAUGGGACACCUUACCCUGAAGAUGAAAGCUUCUUUGAAAAAGUUGUGGUAUUUGGAAUUGGAACUUUCAUCAUAGGUGGCAUCCAGAUGGUCAUGGGUUACAUAUUUGUGACUACUAUGAACUAUGCAGCGGAGGGACAAGUAUUCAGACUUCGAAGACUGUUCCUGAGGAGCAUCCUUAUACAAGAGAUAGGCUGGUUUGACACCCACCAAACAAAUGAUUUUGCCAGCAGAGUAACCGAGGACCUAAACAAGUUACAAGAAGGUAUUGGAGAGAAGGUUGGCAUGUUCUUGUUCUUCAUGACCACAUUCUUGGCAUCCCUUAUCAAUGCCUUUGUUCAUGGCUGGGAGCUGACUCUCAUUAUCCUCUCUGUGUUUCCACUUCUGGGAAUCUCGACUGGCAUUAUUGCAAAGUUUCAGACAAAUCUAACUUCUUCAGAAAUGAAAGAAUAUGCAAGAGCUGGCAGCAUUGCAGAGGAGGUGAUCUCUGCCAUCCGAACUGUGAUAGCCUUUGGUGGGGAAAGCAAGGAAGUUGGCAGAUAUGAAGCAAAUUUGGGACAUGCAAAGAGAGCUGCAGUGAAGCGUGGUCUGGUGACAGGGAUUGGGAUGGGGCUAAUGUGGUUCUUCAUUUAUGCAGCCUAUUCCUUGUCUUUUUAUUAUGGUACUGACCUCAUUCUCGAGUCUCGAAGUGGCAAUGGAAACUAUGAUCCUGCUGCCCUCAUCAUCGUAUUCUUCAGCGUUUUAAUGGGAGCAAUGAAUGUAGGGCAAGCAGCACCCUACUUUGAAGCCUUCAGUGUUGCAAGAGGAGCAGCUGCUACCAUCUAUGACAUAAUAGAAAGGAAGUCGGUCAUCGAUCCUACAAGCACAGUGGGUGAUAAGCCUCCAUCUGUAACAGGAAUAAUUGAGUUUGAAGACGUUCAUUUCAACUACCCAUCACGACCAGAUGUCAAGAUAUUGCAGGGUAUAAACCUUAAGGUUGAUCCAGGACAAACUGUUGCUCUGGUGGGGUCAUCUGGCUGUGGCAAGUCGACUUGUAUACAGUUGAUUCAACGUUUCUAUGAUACCCGCUCUGGAAGGGUACUGCUGGAUGGAAAACCAGUAAACAGUCUCAACUUGGGUUGGCUGAGAGAUCAGAUAGGAGUGGUGGGGCAGGAACCAAUCCUCUUUGCUACCACCAUAGCAGAAAAUAUCAGAUAUGGCUGUGAUGGUGUGUCCAUGGAUGAUAUACAAGCAGCUGCCAAAGAGGCAAAUGCUCAUGAUUUCAUAAUGAAGUUGCCAAAGAAAUAUGAGACAAAUGUUGGAGAACGUGGAGCUCAAAUGUCAGGAGGUCAAAAACAGCGCAUUGCCAUCGCUCGAGCACUGGUGCGUCAGCCCCGCAUAUUACUCUUGGAUGAGGCAACUUCAGCCUUAGAUAACCAAAGUGAAGCAGUUGUCCAGCAAGCUCUUGAUAAGGUUCGUCAAGGUCGCACGACAGUUGUUGUUGCCCACCGACUCUCAACCAUUAAGUCUGCAAAUAAGAUUGUCGUUUUUAACGAAGGAAAAAUAGUUGAAGUUGGAACUCAUAAUGAACUGAUGAAAUUGCAGUCAUUGUAUUAUAACUUGGUGACUGCACAGAUUACUCCAACAGAACUAGAGAGAACAAGUGAAAACAAGAAGGUGCCAUCAACUGAAGAUGAGGACACCCAUGAUACUGACAGUUUAUCUGAAAUAACUCAAAACAUUGUGGAUGACUUUACUAUGUCCCCGGGGGCCUUGGCACACACUCUUCCCCGUGGUCAUUCCUUCCGCCGAAGAAAAUCUACUGUUAAGGCAGACAAGAAUAUUGGCAAGAUUUCCAAGGUUCUUGAAAAAGAGGAAGAUUUUACUCCUGUUUCAAUCUUCAAGAUUCUGAAGACAAAUUCCUCAGAGUGGCCAUACAUUGUUGGUGGAGUGGUAGGAUCAGCUAUUCAAGGAACAACUUUGCCAGUCUAUGCAAUCUUAUUCGGUGAUGUGCUCGGGACCCUUUCACUAGCAGAUGAAGAUGAAGCCAGGGCAGAGGCUAAUUUUUAUUCCUUGCUUUUCCUUUUGAUUGGCAUAGUUGCUGCUAUCUCCAUGUUCAUGCAGGCAUAUUUCUUUUCUUUGUCUGGAGAAUUGCUUACUUCAAGACUCAGGAAGCUGGCCUUUGCUGCUAUGUUACGCCAAGAGAUGGGUUGGUUUGAUGAUGAGAAGAACUCUGUUGGGGCCCUGUGUUCACGCCUGUCUGGAGAUGCUGCUGCCGUACAGGGGGCAACAGGGUCUCGUGUGGGUACCAUAAUGCAAGCCAUAACAACCCUUGGUGUGAGCAUCAUAUUGUCUCUCUACUUUGACUGGCGUCUUGGUCUGGUCACCUUCCCUUUCAUACCUUUUGUACUGAUUGCUGUCUAUCUCCAAAGUAAGAUCCUCAUGGGUCAGAGCGUCACCGAACUGAAGACUCUACAGGAGGCAGGCAAGAUAGCAAUUGAAUCAAUCACAAACAUUCGAACAGUUGCAAGUCUGCACAAGGAAGUACAUUUUGCUGAUCAGUACUCAGCUGCAUUAUACAAACCCCACCAGUCGGCUCUGAGGAAAUCUCACCUCCGAGGAGCUGCUUUUGGAUUUGCUCAAGCAAUACCUUUCUUUGCCUAUGCUGUGAUCAUGUUGUAUGGUGGAUAUUUAGUUGACAAUAACGAAAUUGACUAUGCCAGUGUUUUCAAAAUAGCAGAGGCGCUCAUUCUCGGCACAAUGAUGGUGGGUCAGGCAGUAGCAUUUGCCCCUAACUACAGCAAAGCAAAGAUUGCAGCUUCUCAUAUAUUUAAUAUACUUGAGCGCCGCCCUGCCAUUGAAACUUCUCCAGGAGUUGGACUGCGCCUUAGUGGUCCUGUUACAAACAUCGAGCUCUAUGGUGUGCACUUCUCUUACCCAACAAGACCUGACAUCCCUGUAUUGACAGGAUUAGGUGUUAGGAUAGACCGAGGACAAACUCUGGCUCUAGUGGGCAGUUCAGGGUGUGGCAAGUCUACAAUUGUUGGUCUAUUGGAGAGGUUUUAUGAUUCAUCCAGAGGAGAAGUGCGCAUCUGUGGUAAGGAUAUCCAGUCCCUGAAUGUUGGCUGGGUGAGGAACCAGCUUGGUCUUGUGUCCCAAGAACCUGUGCUGUUUGAUCGCACCAUUGCUGAGAAUAUUGCUUAUGGUGAUAACUGCCGGGAAGUGAAACAUGAUGAGAUCAUUAGUGCUGCCAAACAAGCCAACAUUCAUGACUUUGUUGAGAGUCUCCCAGAUGGCUAUGAGACACGAGUUGGUGCCAAAGGAACCCAGUUGUCUGGUGGUCAGAAGCAGCGUAUAGCCAUUGCCCGAGCAUUAGUGAGGAAUCCCAGUGUGUUGUUGCUUGAUGAAGCUACCUCUGCUCUGGAUACUGAAAGUGAAAAGGUGGUGCAAGAGGCCUUAGAACGUGCACAGGAGGGUCGCACUAGCAUUGUCAUCGCCCACCGCCUGUCCACUAUCCAGAAUGCUGACACUAUUGCCGUGGUGCAGGGUGGCUGUGUGGUGGAGGCUGGCACACAUGAUCAGCUCAUUAAAAAACAAGGACACUAUUUUUCACUCUAUCAAACAAAUAAAUAGUUUUUGUUUUAUGAAUAAAAUGUGAGUUAUAUUUUAGAAACUCCACAGACAAACUCAUGAGUGAAUGUUUUGAAUACUGUACAGUAAUUGAACAUGGUAGCCUAACCCUAUAUUUUCAUUAAAGUUUCUAUUGUGUCAGCAUAGAUUAAUUUGCAAGAUAUUGGUUGCAGAUUGUGCCAUAAUCAUAUUGCAUUGACAGGUAAACUGUAUUCAUUUUUAUUUUCAAAAAUAUUCAUCUCACUUUGGAUAUACAGAACAGUACCUGGUGUUUUGUGUUUUUUCUCGAUUUGAAUAAGAAACAUAAUGAUGUCAUAAGUACAGUACAGUAUAUAUUUGAAGCUCUAUGGUAGGUAUUGUAAUCCAGGCAGACCCCAAUUUACAAGGAUUUGAUUUUUAAAAAUUCGCUGUUAAAAAAAAAUUGCCCUUUGAUUUAUGAGUGAAAAACUCAAAUUUACAAGAAAAAAUCAUUAGUAAUUGAAAAUAUGCUGAAAUAAUGCAGUUAUUUUUAAUUAUUCUCAUCCAUUCCCAAAUUUUUAAGUCUAUAAAUAAGCUUUUGACAUGGCAUCAUUCUCUUAGUCACUAAAUAAUGUACAGUAUUCUUCACCCUUGUGAAGACAAGUAGACUUAUCACUUACACCACCUCACUCUAUCACUGAGCCAGUUGCCUGCUUGUCAAACUUCUCUUCAUUUACUCUCAUAUAAUAUGUGGAACUUAAUAAAAGAAAGUUAUUCUGUUUUCUCAAUUUCCAUAUGCUAAUUAAGGUGUAGAGGUGUAAGAGAAAGUGUGGAAUUUGGAAGUGUGGAUACUGCCAGCAAGGCACAAAGGAAGGUAGAUGAGACACAGGCUGAUGGCUUUGUGCUCGGACAAAUUUUAUUAAGUGACUUUAAACAUUUUAAGCCAACCCACGGUAAUAUCAUGUUGCAGUGGAAUUUUCAGUUCCUCACAGAUUGUCAUCGAUUCAAUUUACACAGAAUUUCCACUUUUAUUUAUUUUUUAACUCGGAACUUUACAUUCCACUUUAGCACUGUUAUUUGAGGACAUCAUGAAAGCAAGUUAAAUUAUUAUUAAACGAAGAGUACAGAUCACACCUGCCCUGGUGCUUGUACCAUCAUAAUUACUCAUAUAAAUCAAGGCUUCUGCAACCACAGUGUUUGUGCCAUGUAAACAAAGCACAUCAGUCAAUGUAUCAAUAUUCUUGUGUUGAGCGUGUGUGUGUGUGUGUUGUUGUUGUUGUUGUCAUCCCCCCUCUCCCCCUAAGGAGAAUAUAUCUCCAAUUACUGUAUAUAACAGGAGUCAAUGUACAGUACAGUAUUGCUAUGGUAAUUUUAUUAUGUUAUCUCAGCAUUUCAUCUGUUCACUUCGGAUUGAAUUGAAUUGAAUUGAAACAUUUUAUUUAGUCAGAAAAAUACAGAAACAGAGUGGAUAAUAAUAACAUUAUUAAGAUGGCUGAGCCAGGUUUCUCUUUUAAGAAGAUAUAAAAUUAUAACUGUACUGAACUGCAGGUAUUUCACUUAAUUUGUUUAUUAUUGUCUUGUAAUGAUUGUGUACAGUACUGUACACCAAAUUUUUUUAUUAAAAAUGCAUUUUGUGGCACUCUACCCGGUACUUCCCCUCCCCUCUUCCCCUUUCCUUCUUAGGAAAGUAUCUCAGCUUUUAUAGGUAGAGUCUAUAGGAAAAUGGGCAUCAAUUUAC